AUGAUUUCCAUUAAACGUCGCAAUCAGCGAUCUCGCUUCUCAUGUUGGCAUCCAUUGUUACCAGCAUUCGAAGCUAAAAUUAUUUUUGCUGUACGAGCUCUCAUCGGAAUUGGAAGUUGUGCUGCGUUUACUCUCUCACCCGCCACGUCUAGUGCAAUUCAAGGUCAACUUCUGUUGAGUGUCGGCCUAAUUGUUUCAUUACAAAGUACUCUCGGUGCAACAAUUCAAACUGGCGUUCGUCUCUGUCUUGCCGGUGCUAUUGCUACUGCAUACUGUCUUCCAAUCGUCAAUUUUUUAGAUCGAAAUGUUUAUAAUGCUAUUGCAACUACCACUUUACUUGUUCUUCUCAUUGUUUAUACAGAUUUACCGGCGCAUGUUCGUCGUUUUACCAUUGUACCAACAUGUAUUAUUCUUCUUCAAUGGUAUGGCAAGUCUCAUAUUAAUACUGCAUUUGUUCUCCAAAUUUGGGCAUCACUUUCACUUGGUGGUGCCUUUGCCAUCGUUGUUUCAUGUAUUCCAAUACUUGUCCCACCGACAGCCUAUCGAGAAUUAACGAUGCGAAUGCGAUUCAUUGCUCGACAGACACGACGCGAAACGACAGCUAUUAUUUUACUCAUUUCACAAUAUCAUAAUAUUCAUUCGACGAAUAAUUACACAUAUGAGAUAAAUGAAAAGACAAAUACCAAUACAACCGAUGAUAUCGAAAUACCGACGAAUUCUUUUCGUGAAGAUGAUCUUUAUCAUCAUUCAAGUUCAUUCGAAGAUCUGAAAAAUGAUCAUUUACUUAAAGGUGACAUCAUCGAUUUACAUAAACUUGUCAAUGAUGAAUUACAACAGAUGCAACGGGCAGCAAAUGAAAUCUCAUAUGAACCAUAUUUUAUUUUGCUCAAAUUCUUGAAUCUCAUGCGACAAGGAUUAAGACGUAUUUCAUGUUUUACUAAAUGCAUUACAAAACCAUCGACACUUCAGACACGUUUACAAAUAUGGGUUACGGGAUUGCUAUCACUACAGCGGGUCAUUAGUGGAAUGUUGACAUUAGAUAAUCAUCAUAGCGGAUUAAUUGGCCAACGUCGAUUGAUUGAUGCUGUGUGCAGUCUACUUGAAUCAACAUUCAAUUUUUUGGAUGCUACACUCUCAUAUACAACUUCAUCGACUACUCCAUUCAAUACGGCUUAUACUAUCGCAUGUCGGUCUAAAGUUGAGCAAGCACUCGCACAUUUUUUCGAAACAUACAAACAAGUUCACGAGAACUCUCAUUAUUCGAAUAUUUCAAAUACGAAAUUAAUUCAACUCAAUACUUUUUUAUUACUUAUUCUACGACUUAUUCAUGUUGUUCUUACAGCUGCUGAAUCAUCCGAAACACCAGGUGCUCGUCUUGAUACGGAUCUAGAUUAUCAAUCAGUAUCUUUACCAUCACCAUCAUUGAAGUGGAAAAAAUCGUUUGAAGAUCUUGUUACAUACAUUGGAUUAGUACCAUCAUAUGGUAAAAUAAUACGUGCAGUGAAAACAAGUUUAAGUGUAUUCGUUUCGGCUGUUGUUGUCAUUUUCUUUCGUGAACGUUUACAAGCCUAUGGUUGGGUCUAUUGGGCACCGAUGACAACUGCACUUGUCUCAGAUUCAUCUGAAGGUAGUACUCUUCGAUUAUCAUUUCAACGAUUAAUGGGUGUUUUACUCGGUUCAACAUAUGCUUAUAUUAUUGUACUUAUUACUCACAAUCUUGUUAUGAUUGGUGUAUUUGUUUCGUUAUUUGUCGCACUCAUGGCUUAUGUUAAAACUGAUCCGAGUAAAUCUUAUUUUGCUAGUGUAUGUGCACAAUCGGCAUCGAUUAUAACAUUUUUAUCGAAUCAACAUGAUCUAAGUGCAUCGAAUAAGGCAACAUUAGCACGAACAAGUUUAACAUUCUUGGGUAUUUUUAUUCAUGUCAUUAUUUCGAAUUUGAUUAUGCCUAUUACAGCUCGAGCAUUGAUUAAGAAAAAGAUAUCUGUUAUGAUCACAGGUGUAUCCGAAGCACUUCAUGCAGCUACUGAUGAUUUUUGCUCGUUCGUAGACACAACAAAUGGUCUUUCACCAUCCACAGAUCAGGCUUCAUCCGAUCUAUUAAACACUCUUACUGAAACUGAAUGUAUUGUCGAUAGUUUUCCAGCAUUGUUAGAUGAAGCUCUCAAUGAACCUAAUCUUUGGAAACGUCCUUUCGUUGAAGUUAAAGAUCGAUACAAUGAAAUAAAUAAUUCUAUUCGUAAUAUUAUUCGCACAAUUCGAUUUGUUCGUCGUUGUACAACAAUACUCAAAGCCGAAUCUAAGUUACAUCUAGUACAAGAAGACAAUAUGACCGAAGACAUUGUUGCCGAUCCACAAGAGACAUACAAUACCUGGACUGCAAAUGAUCUACGUCGAUUACAAAAAGAUCUUGAUAUUCCAUUAACUAUCUUUAAGAUACCGGGUAAUCCCCAUUUAAAAUCGAAUAAUCUCAUCAGUGAUCAUCAUCAUCAUCAAUUAUCAAAUAGUUUACCAUCGAUUCCUAUACAAACUAGUACAAAGAAUACAAUUUCUUAUAAACCAGUGCUUGAACAUAUUCGUACACUUGAAAAAAAUAUACAACAAGUUCUUUCACUUGUCGAACAAUUACUUCGUAAUCAAGCAACAGUUGAUAUUGGUACUUAUCCAUUAGAAAAGAUGCUUCGUGAAGAUUCAUUUGACAGUCAAUUAGCUACCUGUGAAAAACGUCUUUCAUUUCAUCUAUUGCCACAAGUAGAACCGAUGAAAGUUCCAUCAAAAUACUAUUCGUUAUGUUCAUGUUAUACUAAUAAUAAUCAUAAACAACAGAAUAUUAAACGUUUACCUUCACUUCGUUAUGCAGUAGAUAAUAUGAUAACAUCACUUGUUCAAUUUCUCUAUGCAAAUAAUCGUUUUAUGCGUACACAAGAAAAGUCACAUCAAUCAAUUGGUGAUUUAUUUUCAUUUCAUACCCUAUCGUAUGCAUUUAAAAAUAUGGUCGAAGCAACAACUGAUCUGGCCAAGAGUGUACGACGUAUUAAACAUAUCGAUACACGAACAUUAACACGAUCGGAAAAAGAAGAACAGCAACAGCAACAGCAAACAGUUUGA